AUGCUGGACACCUCCGUUAUCCCUAAAAAACUCAACGAAUUUCGUGAAUCUAAUCAAGGUGAAUUCAAAACUUGUGAUGCCAAAGCAUACGCUGAAUACGUAGCACAAGAUGCGAACGGAUCAUUACCAUGUCUGGUUACCGACAAGCAUUUAUCUCGUGUUUUAGCACGUCAGGAACCUCGUAUGGAAUUGCCUAUGCAUCUUAGAUCGUUAGAACGAUGGCAACGCGAACAGUUAACAUCAAGAAAGCUCGGUGGAAGAAUAGAACAGGAAGAGAAACCAAUGAAAGCAUCGACAUCAUCAGAGCGUAAUACAGUAGAGCCUAUUGUUUGGUUGAAAUUUGAAGCAGAACAUAAUACACGUGAUGCUGCCUAUCAGUUAAUCCGACUUCGUAGAAAACUUGGCCUUCCAAUCCAAAUACCUCUUCAUGGUCCUGGAGGAAAACGAGCGCUCGAAGAAUAUCUUACUGAUUCCAAAAAUGAACAAUCUCCACAUACGGAAAGAAAUGGAAUCUUUUAUUAUUGUUUAUUAGCUGGUCGAGAUAAACAUUAUGCACCUUAUAAUCCAUAUGAGUUAGAAAUUCAAUCAGACGAACUUGCAGUGAUUUCUUUACCUUUCUUUUGGACCGUAUCUGCUUUUAACGUUACUUAUGUGGAUCGAGUAGAUUCUUCUCAGACGCAAACCACUCCAGCUCUGGUUUGGUUAUGGGAACGAUAUCGAUAUAAUUAUUUAACUACUCAGUUAUCAUGUUUCUCAAACUUUCGGAAAUGGCGAACGUUUCAUUGUUGGUGGUCGAAUGUUCAACUUGAAAAACGUCGGCGGACAAUUUCAUUUCAUAACCGGAAACUUUUUUAUGCAAACGAAAUCUUUCAAGGUGUUCUCAUUCAUGUCAAAGCUAUGUGCGAAGCUUACUAUUACGGUGAAACAGAUCGUAUCAAGCCGUUGUGUUUACUCGAUCGUUCUGCAUAUCAAGAAACACUAACCCUGCAAGAAUUUAGUCGACGUCAAUUUGCACAAAUGAAUGUGACAACAAUAAAAUUACACGAACUGAUCGAUCAAAUAGCUGUACUCGCAGCGAAUGCUUGUCAAAAAGCCGUCGAGUUGGAAGGAAUACCUGUCGACGCUUUACUCGAUCCAAGUCUCUAUCGACACGCGGACGAUGAAGACGAACUGAAACGAAUCACACAAUCAUAUCUUGAAGCACAAGAAGCACGAGCAACGAUUGUAAACGACGCAACUAUCAAAAUCAAACCCAACCCAAAAUAUGGUCCAAGUUUUGCUGAACGAAAACGUUGGCGUGAUAUAUUAAUUCGCUUAUCGGAAUUUCUACGCUUAGUUGAUUAUGUCGUUUUGGAAUUUCUUCGUCGUCUGGUCAAAUCAUGUGUACGAGAUUUGUUCAUUCAUUUACGUGAAUCGUUUGCCGUGGAAUUUAAAAUCGCUGACUCAACACAACAAAAUGAUGAUGAUACAGAUGACCGAUUUCACUUAAUACGCGAAAAAUCUGCGUCCUCUGCUCGAGGUCUUCGAGCUAAACAAGCGCUUCGACCAGAAUCACAAGCAACAUCUCGUACCAAUGUUGAUUCAGAGGCAGAAAGAUAUGAACGACGUGGCGUUUUAAAAAGUGAAAAUCUUGAUCAAGAUGAUUUAUAUGCAGUUGUAGAACCGGAUGAUAUGCUUGAUUUACCUCGCAUUCGUACUGGUACGAAUAAAGUUCCUCCGCCAAUGUUUGAAGUGAAUCUCCUGUUAAAAUUUUAUCAAGUACCAAAACAACAUACGCAUGAUCUGGAAGAUGAUUCGUCUUCUGGAAGUUUCUCGGAAAGUAGAGAUCGAGUAACCUAUGAAAUCAGUCCCAAUGAAUACGAGUUCAAAAAUACCAUGCGAGACAUCGUCAGCGGAUUAGAAGUAUUCGUUGGUCAAAUACCGAGCCUUCGUGAUCACCCAACCUUACAUUUAUUUUGUACAUUUCCUAAUUUUGAAUCCACUAAUUCUCAAGCUCGAAUACCAAUUCAUGUUUCGAAAACUCGUUGGCCAGAUGUUGAUUUCCUAUUUGGUGAUGAUGUUGAUCAUCAAGAAAUCAUUGUUGAUGCAUUAAGUACGAUCAAUCAAUCGUUAGUGAACGUUCAGAGUUUUAUUCGACGAUAUCAAAAAUACUGCGAUAUGGUUCUAAGUUGUAAACAAUUACAUAUCGAAGAGAAACUAAAAAAUCAAGAACUGAAUACCGAAGAUAUACAUUUCUUAAUGACAAAACAUACACAACAAUUACAAAAAAUGCAACAAAUGAUUGUUGAGCAACGUGUUGGACUUAUUCUACUCAAAGCCCAACAUCUCCAUGAUGAUUCGAUCCCAUAUCCGAAACGGGUCAUUGCUGCUAUUGGAGAAUAUUUACCACCGGUUGCAGUUGAAAAGAAUGAACGAAUGCAACGAACGAUUCGAGAUGUUUUGAAACAACUGGAUCGCGAUCCACGAUCUGUCGAAGAAUUUGUUCAACAUUUAGCAACAUUAAAUAAAGUGAAUAGUGACUUAGGAAAUCUGGAAAAUGAAUUUCAAAUAAUCUCAAAAAUGUUUCACAUUAUUAAAGAUUUUGCAAUCAAAAUUGCACCUGAAGAUUACUCAUUAUAUCGUUCUUUAGCACCGAUUUAUCAUCAAUUAAAAUCGAGUUUACUUUAUACGGAAGCUCAAUGCGAUGAAAACAUUCAAAAAUUUACUAUUGAAUUAGAUGAUAUGAUUAGUCGUUUGUAUAAUCAAACUGUUGAACUAAAAAAUCGAUCGAAAGAUCCAACUUUGUUAACAAGCGAUACCCGUCCUCAAACAGCGCUGGACAUCAUUUCAGUUCUACAAGAUUCGCUAGCACGAUUGAACGAAAAAGCAAAGAAUUAUACAACAUAUCAAGAACGUUUCAAUCAGAUUAGUAAACAAUCAACUAAGAAACGUAUUCUCGGUGAUUACCAAAUGACGACGAAAUUUCGUUCCCAAACAUCUGUUGUUAGUCUCCAUAGUCUCUAUAAUGAAUUGACUGAUAUCGAACAGGAUAUUAAUCUCCGCAAGCUUUUAUGGGAAUCUCAACAAAAUUGGACAAAACUUCAUCGUGAAUGGACGAACACAGUGCUCGAUUCAAUUGAUAUCGAUCUUUUACAGAAAGAAGUGAAUAAAUUUAUUCAAAAUAUUUACAUUUUGGAGAAAGCAUUACCUCCGAAUAAUAUCAUUCCAACAUUGAAAGAACACGUGAUGGAGUUCAAAGCAGCAAUGCCUGUUAUCUUAGCCUUGCGUAAUCCAAACAUGAGAAAACGACAUUUUGAUCGGUUGAGAGUACUAAUCGGCAAAGAUAUAAUUGAUGAUGAAUAUCUAAAGUUAAAUAAGUUACUUCGACCAGAUAUUUUACAAUUAAUAGAUAAAAUAACCGAUGUUUCGUCAUUGGCGUCCAAUGAAGCUGCGUUAGAGACAAUGUUGAAUAAAAUUAUCGAAAGAUGGAGAUCAUUAGAUUUUCGUUUAAUACCACAUGCCGGUAAAGACACGUUUAUUAUCAUUGGUUAUGAAGAUAUUCUCCAACAGCUCGAAGAAAGUCAAAUAACAAUGGCUACGAUAAAAUCAUCAAGAUAUAUCAGUCCUAUUCGACAAUUAGUUGAUGAAUGGGAUAAACGUUUGACUUUAUUAGCGAAAACCAUCGAUGAAUGGAUAACAUGUCAACGACGUUGGCUUUAUCUGGAACAGAUUUUCUCGACACCUGAUAUUCAGCUCACUCAGGAGACGAAAAUUUUCACACAAGUUGAUAAACAAUGGAAAGAAUUAAUGAGAAGAACAGAACAACAACCGAAUGCAUUGAAGGCAGCAACACAUCCAGGAACAUUAGAUUCAUUGCAAACAAAUAAUGUUCUGAUGGAGAAAAUUCAACGAGCACUGGAGGAAUAUCUAGAAACGAAACGAUUGGCUUUUCCGCGUUUAUUUUUUCUCAGUAAUGACGAUCUUUUAGAUAUUCUUUCGCAUGCCAAUGAUGCUAAUUGUGUUCAACCACACCUUCGAAAAUGUUUUUCGAAUAUAUUCUACCUUCGUAUUGUCAAAUCACCCACAGAGAUGGUCACUAGUAUGCAAUCUGUUGAAGGUGAAGUCGUUAAUUUUACGAAAACAAUUCGACCAAGAGGUGUGGUCGAGCAAUGGCUCACUGCAGUUGAACUAGCUAUGUACGAUUCGGUAAAACAACAUCUUAAAGCUGGCUUAGCAGAUAUAAAGAAUGUAGAUUUUAUCGAAUGGACACUGAAACAUCCUGGUCAGAUUGUUCUCACUAUAUCUCAAGUGAUCUACACACUACAAGUGAAUAAAACCUUUGAUUCUUCAUCAACAAACGCUGAUCAAGCACUUCUUCAAAUCCGCGAUCAAAUGAUGAUCACGAUCAAAAACGUCUGCGCACUUGUUUUUGCUCAAAUCGAACACACGAAAUUGCUGACUGUGGAAGCUCUAUUAACACUACAAGUACAUUGGCGUGAUAUAUUCGAAAUGUUGAUUAAACACCACAUUCGAGAUAAGAAUGAUUUUGAAUGGCAAAAACAUCUUCGAUAUGAAUGGAGCGAUACAGAAACGAAUUUUCACAUUUUACAAGGCGAUGCUUCAUUUCCCUAUGGAUAUGAGUAUCUAGGAUGUUCAAGUCGCUUGGUUGUUACACCAUUAACUGAUCGAUGUUAUUUGACAUUAACUGGUGCAAUAAAACUUAAUCUUGGCGGUGCACCAUCAGGACCUGCUGGAACGGGAAAAACAGAAACUGUGAAAGAUUUAGCGAAAUCAUUUGGAAAACUUUGUUUAGUCUUCAAUUGUUCAGAUGAACUCGAUCAUAAGACUCUUGGGAAAAUGUUUAGUGGAUUAGUUCAAUCUGGUUCAUGGUGUUGUUUUGAUGAAUUCAAUCGUAUUGAUGUUGAAGUUUUGUCUGUUGUUGCUCAACAGUUAUUAACUAUUAAAACAGCUAAAGAUUCGCAUGCUCUACGAUUUUCAUUUGAUGGCCGCGAAAUCAAAUUGAAUUCAUCCUGUGGAUUUUUUGUGACUAUGAAUCCAACAUAUUCUGGUCGUGUUGAAUUACCUGAUAACUUAAAACCUAUGUUUCGACCGAUUGCAAUGAUGAUUCCACAUUAUGCUUUGAUUGGUGAAGUCAUUCUGUUUUCCGUUGGUUUCAUUUCUGCCAAAGUUUUAGCAACAAAAAUUGUUUAUCUGUAUAAUUUAUCCAACAGUCAAUUAUCUCAACAAGAUCACUAUGAUUUUGGUAUGCGAGCUAUCAAAGCCGUUCUAUUAACUGCAGGUGAAAUCAAACGAUCGCAAACGAAAGAUCCAAAUCUAACCGAUGAACAAUCUGAAGAAAACAUCAUGAUACAAGCAUUAGUCGAAUCGAAUCUUCCGAAGUUACUCAAAGAAGAUGCAUUACUUUUUCUCGAUAUUCUUCGCGAUCUUUUUCCACAAGCGGGAAAGAAGUUACACGAACACGAAAUAAUCCAACAAGCAAUCGAACGUGCCAUCAAAGAUCUAAAUUAUGAAUAUUGGCCAACACAAGCAGACAAAGCUCUGCAACUUUACAAUCAAAUUGUCCUUCGACAUGGUACAAUGUUAGUUGGCGGAGCAGGCGGUGGAAAAACUACAGUACGAAAUAUUCUUCAAAGAGCAUUGACUUAUAUACCAACCAUGAUAAAAGAUGAAACACAAGCUCGACAAAAUCGGUUGGCUACUAUUGAUGUAACUGUUCUGAAUCCAAAAGCAAUGCAAAUAUCUGAAUUAUAUGGAGCAGUCAAUCCAGAUACGUUAGAAUUUACUGAUGGAAUGUUGGCAACUACGAUGCGAACAUAUGCUAAAAAUCAAGAAUCUCACAUGAAUACUGACAAAAGUGAACAACAGUACGUUGAUCAUUGGCAAUGGUUAGUUCUUGACGGUCCGAUUGAUACUUUAUGGGUUGAAAACUUGAACACACUUCUUGAUGAUUCGAAAAUUCUUUGCUUGGCAAAUGGCGAACGUAUCGGAUUGUCUGGACACACACGAAUUCUUUUCGAAGUUGAUUCAUUAGUGAAUUCAUCGCCUGCUACAGUCAGUCGUUGUGCAAUGGUUUAUUUCGAUCCAUCGGAUCUUGGUUAUACGCCGUUUUUGAAUUAUUGGUAUCGAUGUAAACUACCAGCAGAAUUUCCACUGAGUGCAGUAGAGUUUCUUCGAGAAUUAAUGGAAUUCUCGUUGGACAAAGGAUUCACGUUUCUCAAUCAGUUAAAAGAUCCAUGGCAUAUGCCUGUAUCGAAACUAAACAUUCUGCAAACACUCUGCUAUUUGUUAUCAACAUUCUUGAAUUAUCUCGACAAAUAUGGUGGAUUCGGAGAAGACGAUCGACGAAGUGCGACAACAGCACCUGCACCAAACGAACCUCCAAAACCUUACGGUUUGAAGCAGCAUGCACAAGGAGAUGAACUGGUGAUCUAUGUUCUGAAUGAUAAAAAACAAUACUAUCUGCAGAAAAAUCCGAAAAAUAUUCGCCAAUGUCUUAUACGUAUCUAUAUCUUCUGCUAUGUUUGGAGUUUCGGCGGUGGAUUAAAACGAGAAGAUAAUUUUGAAGAUGAUAAUAUUAUCAACCAGAAAGAACAAAUUAAAGCUGAGCGAGAUUUAACAACUCAAGAAUUCGAUACUUUUGUUCGUGAUUUGUUCGGUGCAAAUAUUAACUAUUCUGUUUACUUACCACCGGAUGCACGAAUGGUGUACGAUUAUAUGAUUGAUUUAAAUACAUUUGUGUACCAUGAAUGGGAAUCACUUGUUCCUAAAACUGAACAAUUAAUCAAAAGCGAACAAACAUCAUUGGUAAUUCCAACAGUUGACAUUGUUCGAUUUUCAUUCCUCAUUAGUUCGAUACUUAUCCAUAAAAUUCCCGUUCUUCUAACUGGCAACAGUGGUGUUGGAAAAACAUUGCUUAUUGAAGCGAUGCUUCGAUCUUUAACUCUACCUGAUGGAAAUUUCAUUCGACCUGGCACAAUUCUUGGUGAUGUAUUAGAAUAUAAUGCAACACGAGGUGUAGCAACAAGUAAAUUAGCACAGAGCAAUGAUGUACCAGCAGAAGCGCCGAAAGGCGAUGGAAAUGCUCUUCAUCGUUCGAAAUUGAAAACUUUACAAUCAUUGAAAAUUCAAAUGAGUGCUCAAACAACUCCAAACAGACUUGUCAACCAAAUCACAAGUAAUUUAGUGAAGAAGAAAGGAAAUCUACUCGGUUGUCAACAAGGCAAAUGGUUGUUAGCAUUCAUUGAUGAUUUAAAUAUUCCUCAAGUUGAUCAAUUCGGUGAUCAACCAACAUUGGAAACCUUAAGAUAUAUUCUUCAAACAGGAUCGGCACUUGAUGCAAAGAAAAAUCAAAUACGUCCUCUGUCUGAUUUAACAUUUCUAGCUGCAUGUGAUUCGCCCUCAUCCGGUCGAUUGGCGCCGUCGAAACGUUUACUUCAAUCUUUUGCAAUAUUUGCUCUGCCUGAUCCCGCUGCUAAACAACUCUUUCACAUCUACAGUGUUCGUCUCGGUCGAUUCUUGAACAGUUUAGACUUCUCUGUUGAUGUUCGUUCAUCACUUUAUCUUCUUGUCUCUGCUUGUCUUGUUAUGUACUAUCGCGUAUCGAUUAAUAUUCUUCCAACGCCAUCGAAAGUUCAUUAUAUAUUUAAUCUUCGAGAUUUAGCUAAACUUGCGCAAGGUUUAAUGCAAGCAUCGACUUUGACAACGACAAACCAGGAGCGCUUAGCGGUUUUGUUUGCUCACGAAUGUCUGCGUGUUUUUGCUGAUCGAUUAGUGACGGAAAGUGAUCUGGAGAUAUUUUAUAAGCACUUGAAUGCUACAACGAACAGUUAUUUCAAAGUUUCAUUGAAUGUUUCAAAUUAUUCCGAAAAUCCCAUCUUGUUUUGCAAUUUUCUCAAAUCUGAUGAUCGUCUUUAUCAACAAUUGAACGAUUGGCGACAAUGUUGUCCAGUAUUUUUGGAUUAUCAGAUGAAACAAUCAUUGAGUGGGCAAUCAACAUUGAAAAUGGUUUUCUUUAAAGAAGCUGUCGAACAUGUAUUGCGAAUCUGUCGAGUUAUCCAACAACCGGGCGGUCAUCUUCUAUUGAUUGGUCUCGAUGGAACAGGUCGAAAAACGUGCUUAGAAUUGAGUGCGUUAGUUUGCGGUCAUUCGAUGUUUCAAUUGAAUAUCAAACGCGGUUAUGCAUAUCAAGACUUUCGUGAUGACUUGAAGAUUGUAUUUAAAGCUGUUACAGUUCAAAAUCGACCAAUGGCGUUGUUUAUACAAGAAAAAGAUUUACUUUUCGAUAGUUUUAUUGAAGACAUUGAGAGUAUUCUGAAUUCUGGUACUGUGGUUGAUCUGUUUGAGCCGGAUGAAUUCAAUGCUUUGGCAAUGGAUCUGAAAAAUGAAGCUUAUAUAUCGAAUAUGAGUGAUACACCCGGUCAACUUCGUGAAUUUUUCUAUCAACGUGUUCGAACGAAUCUACAUGUGAUUCUUUCGUUUUCUCCUGCUGGUAAUAAAUUCCGUGAAAUCUGUCGGUUGCAUCCUGCUCUGCUCAACUGUACAAGUAUUGAUUGGUUUACCGAAUGGAGUGAAAUGUCAAUGGUACAGGUGGCGGAUGUUUUUCUCGAAGGUGUCGAUCUAAAAAUUUUACCAUCUGAUCGUGAUACACUCAAUGAAAGAGAACUUCAUCAUCAAAUAGCACUCUGUUGUGUCGCGAUGCAUAAGAUCGUUAUUGAAGCUGCUAAACGAUUCCUUGCUGCGCAUAAACGACAUUACUAUCUAACGCCAUCAUCGUAUAUGGAUUUGAUGAAAGCGUUUGAUAGAACAAUGGCACGAACUAAGCAAGAAUUUCUCACGAAUUAUAAUCGAUUGUCGACAGGUCUGGCGAAGUUAUCAGAUGCAAAUGCAAGUGUUGGCGUUAUGCGUGAUGAAUUGGCUUUACUUGGACCGCAGAUCGAUGCGAAAGAAAAGGAAAUUGAACAACUAUUGAGUCGAUUACAGAAAGACCAGACUGCUGUCAUAGAAGUGAAAGACAUUGUUGAAGUCGAAGAAAAAAAAGUUCGUGAAGAUACCGAUAUGGUCGAACGUUAUGCAGGUCUUGCUGAACUCGAUCUACAAAGUGUUAAACCUGUUCUCGAAGAAGCCAUGGCGGAUGUAUCUCAACUUGACAAAGCCGACGUAGCAGAAGUUCGAGUCUAUCAAAGUCCGCCGUAUCAAGUCAUGAUGGUUAUGUGCGCUGUUUGUGUCCUAUUAGAAUGUAAAUCAGAUUGGGCAACGGCACGACAAGUGCUUGGCGAUUCAGGUUUUAUCAGUCGUUUAACAAAUCUUGAUAUUAACAAUAUAUCCGAUCGAACGUAUCGAAAACUUUUACAAUAUUCACGUAAUCCGGAAUUUACACCAGAUGUGAUCGGUAAAGUUUCAUCAGCUUGCCGAUCAUUCUGUAAAUGGGUUUUGGCUAUUCAACGAUACUACGAAGUGUAUCGAACAGUGAAACCCAAAGAAGAAAAAGUUAAAACAGCGAACGAAGCGUUAACUGUAAUGCAAAAGAGUCUGUCACGAAAACAAGAAAUGCUGACACUGGUCAGAGAUCAUUUAAAAGAACUAGAAAACAAAUACAAUAACAGUGUCGAAGAAAAACAAGCUUUAUAUGCACGUCGUGAAUUGAUGAAACAGCGAAUGUCUUGUGCACAUGAAUUAACCAAUGUAUUAGCCAUCGAAAAAAUCCGCUGGCAGGAGCAGGUCACUCAACUUGAAAAUCAAGUACGUUUAUUGAUUGGAGAUGCAUUGCUAUCUGCGGGUGCUAUCAAUUAUUUUGGACCAUUCAAUAGCGAGUUUCGAUAUGAGAUUUUACAAGAUUUCCAAAAAGUUUUAACAGAAAAUCAAAUUAAUUUCUCAACGAAUUAUUCGUUAGCAACUAUGUUAUCAACAGUAAGCGAGAUUAGACAUUGGAUUAGUCAAUUAUUACCAGAUGAUGAGUGUUCAAUUGAAAAUGCGGUGCUUGUCAAACAUUGUAUUAAAUGGCCACUACUCAUCGAUCCACAGCGGCAAGCGAUUCAAUGGAUUCGAACGAAAGAAACCGAAAAUAAUCUUCGGAUUAUUUCUGCUGAUGACACAGGUUUAUUACGUGUCUGUGAACAAUGUAUUCGACUUGGUUUACCAUUGAUCAUUGAAAAUAUGGGCGAAACAAUUGAAUCGUCUUUAGUGCCACUACUGAAUCGAGAUUUAUUCGACCGGAAAUUUUCAGCAACAGGAACUAUUCGUUUUAAUGAAGUCGACAUCGAAGUGAAUUCGAAUUUCCGUGUUUAUUUCAUCACACAGCUGAAUAAUCCACAUUUUCUCCCUGAUGUUUGCAUUCGUGUUACUCUAAUUAAUUUCACCAUCACACCCAAUGGUUUAGAACAUCAGUUGUUGAGUGUGGUCGUUUUGAACGAAGAACCUCAUUUAGAACACGAACGAAAAUCGAUCUUAGAAACCAUGGCACAAGAUUUAAAAAGUCUUCGUGAAUAUGAAGAUCAAACAUUAGAAAUGUUAACAUCGUCCGAACAACAUCUCCUUGAUCGUCAUGAUCUCAUUGAUAUCCUCACUCGCUCGAAAAUAACUAGUGACGAAAUUGCUAAUCGUGUUCGUGAGAAUGAAGCUAAUGAACGACAGAUCAACAUCGCACGUCAGUGUUAUGUUUCCUUGGCUAAACGUGGCUCACUAUUGUAUUUCCUUACCAACCAUUUAUCGCGCUUAAAUGUUAUGUAUCAAUUCUCGCUGACAUGGUUUCAACGUACAUUUCAUUCGUGCAUCUUAGAUCGAGAUACAUCACGUCGUAUGAGUAUGACCAAUCUUGCGCCGGAUCUUGAAGUAGCUCAACGCUUAAUGCGACAACAAAGACGACGAAGUUCAAUAUUCAGUAAUCCAAUUCAAUCGCCACGAAUCAGUUUUAGUGAUGAUUCAUCCCAUGAUUUUGCUUCACCAACGAUGAGUGCAAGAAUGAGACGUAAUACAAAACAGUACACGCAACUAAUUAAUCCUCAACAACGAGCAGCAACACUUCGUAUGAUGGUGGAUCGUUUAACUUACACACUCUAUCAACUUGUCUCAUGGAGUUUGUUCGCUGAACAUCAGCUGCUGUUUUCGUUUCUAUUGACCACAACGAUCGAACGUGAAGCAGCAAAUGAAAAGAACACACCUAAUCCUAUAUCAUCAGAUACUAUUCAUGAGGAACAAACUGAAACAGUGCCAGAGCCAGAAACAAAAGCCUCAGUAAUCACACAAGACGAAUGGACUUGUUUCAUGAGUCCGCUUGUAACAAAUAUUACUGAAGAAAAACUUUCGUUUAUUAAUGAUAAAUUACCAUCAUUGUAUCCUGUCUGUCGAAAUUUACUACUCGACACUGAUUCCGAGUUCUUUAAACAUUCACAUCCGUAUCUGUAUCUAACUCGAAGCGGAAUAUUCAAUGAUUUAUCACACUUUCGCUGUUUACUAAUCAUAAAAAUUUUACGACCUGAUACAUUACUUCCAUCGAUUUCUCAAUAUGUUACCGAUCAAAUGGGCAGCAACUUUCUCUCGUCAGGAUUUGCAAAUAUACAAGACAUAUAUACACAUUCAUCGCCGCAAGCGCCCAUUAUUCUUUUGCUCUCUCCCGGUACCGAUCCGACUAGUCUUCUGAUUCGUUUUGCACGAGAAACACGUGGAACUGCAGCACACUUAGACGUGAUCUCGUUAGGUCAAGGUCAAGGGCCGAAAGUUGAAGAAGUUCUUUCGAAAGCUCUAACUUUAAAAGGCCGAUGGAUAUUUUUACACAAUUGUCAUUUAAGUGCAUCAUUCAUGCCAAGACUACGCGUACUUGUUAAUAAUUUCAAUAAACCUGGCCUCGAACUUGAUAGCCAAUUUCGAUUAUUUCUUUCUUCGAAACCUGACAAAAACUUUCCCUUAGAACUGUUACAACUAGGUCUUAAAAUGACUGUUGAGUGGCCGAGAGGUUUGAAGAGUAGUUUACUUCAGACUUUUGGACCAACGGGUAUCGUCAACGAAAAAGUCUAUGAAAAGAGUACACUAGGACCGUACUGGCGUCGUUUGGUAUUCAAUCUCGCCUUUUUCCAUGCUGUUAUUCACGAACGAAAGAAAUUCGGUGCAUUAGGGUGGAAUUUAAGUUACGAGUUCAAUCAAUCAGAUUUGGAAGUAGCUGUAUUAGAAUUAGAAAGUCUUGUACGUCGUUCCAAGAAUCAAAUACCAUCAUUUGAUGUGUUCUGUUAUCUUGCUGGUUCGAUCAUCUAUGGUGGUCGAGUUACUGAUGAAUUUGAUCGACGUAGACUGUUGAGAAUUAUUGAACGAUUCUACUGCCCAGAAACUUUGAAAGAAAACUAUUCCUAUGCAGGAGAUAACACAUACAAAGCUCCAAGUUUGGAUUUGAAUUUUUCUAAUCUACUGUCAUAUAUUAAUGCAAUGCCGGAUUUUGAUGACCCACGCGUAUUUGGUAUGCAUCCAAACACAAAUCGAGCAUUGAUGUAUGUGCAAGCAAAUCAAUUUGUGGAUAUGUUAGUAACCAUUGAACCACAAUAUCGUAUGAUGAUGUCAUUUGGUGCAUUAACGGAUGGUGAUGCAGCAUGUAUGGCUAUUAUCGAUGAUAUUACAUCGAAAGUACCACGUUCUAUUGAAACUGGUUUUGGUGCUGGAACGCGUCACAUUACAUUUGAAGUGGCAUUAACGAAAAUUUCUACUAAAUUAGGAAAUAAAUAUCGUGCUUAUUUUGUGUUCUUUUCACUACUCAAGCAAGAAAUUCGAGCUUACAAUGAAUUACUCGAGCUAAUUUACUCGACAUGUGAUGAUCUUCGUCGAGCUUUGGUCGGCGAAAUAGUUGUCAGUGAAGUUCUAGAAGAAACUCAACAUAAAUUACUAAUGAAUGAAUUACCAUCGAUUUGGCAAAGAAAAUCCUAUCCAUCAACGAAAGCGCUUCGUGCGUGGAUUAUGAAUCUACUUGAACGAAUCACAUUCUUUCAAAAUUGGACUCAUCUGGUCAUAACUUUUGUUGAAGAUGAAAAAGCAUUAUCACCCUUACCAACAAUGUUCAAUACUGCUGCAUUCUACUAUCCGAAAGGACUUUUCUCUGCUAUAUUACAGAGUUCUGCUCGAUUGUUUGCAUUACCGAUCGAUCAAUUGAAAUUUCAUUACAAAGUAUUGGAUAAUGAAGAAGAACUUGAAACGUUACAAUCAUCAACCACUGUGAGUGACAUUGCUAAUGGCAUUAUCAUCGAUGGAAUCUAUUUGGAUGGCGCACAAUGGGAUAAGAAACGUCAUGCGAUCGUUGAUUGUACUAAUCAACAACGAAGUCACCGUUUACCACCGCUUCUUUGUCAACUUGUACCGAAAAAUACAGCAGCGAGUGACUCGAGCAAUAUCUAUGAAUGUCCUGUAUAUCUAACAGCUUUACGUGCAGUGAGUGCGAACGAAGCAGCGAAACACUUGGUCAGCACAAUCACAAUACCAUGCUCCGAAACUGAAGCAUUCUGGACAAUGCGAUCUAUUGCUGGUAUUCUUGAAGUGAAUGAAUAA